AUGGUUAUCGUAACGGUAACGGUGAUGGUUAUCGUAACGGUAACGGUAACGGUGACCGUAAAAGUAUCGGUAACGGUGACAAUAACGAAAACGGUGGUGAUGGUGACUUUAACGGUGAAGGUAAUAGUGAUUGUAACGGUGAUGAUAACGGUGGCAGUGACGGUGAUGAUAACGGAUGGUGUCGAUUACAAUGACUGUCACAGUAACGGUGAUGGUGACUGUCACAGUAAUGGUGAUGGUAACUGUGACGAUAAUGGUGAUAAUAAUGGUAACGAUAUCGAAAACGAUAACAGUGACAUUGAUAGAAACAGUAUCGGUAAUGGUAACGGUGAUGGUGACGGUAAUAGUGACAGUAACAAAUACGAUAAUGGUAACGGUAAGAGUAACGGUGAAGGUGACAGUAACAAUAUCGAUAACGAUGACGGUAACGGUGACAGUAGUGAUUACGAUAACAAUAACGGUUACGGUAGUAGUGAUGGUAAUGGUGACGAUAACGAUAAAAGUAACAGUAACGGUGAUGGUGACCGUAACGAUAACGGUAAGGUUGACAAUGACAGUGACAAAAACAAUGACGGUAACGAUAACGGUGACGGUGACGGUAACGUUACAGUAACUGACAUUGAUUGUAAUAGUGACAGUAACGUUGACAGUAUCAGUAACGGUGACGGUGACAGUAAUAUUGACGAUAACGGUGACAAUAACGAUGACGGUAUUGGUUAUGAUAACGAUGAUGGUAACAGAUAUGAUAACGACGACGAUAACAAUGACAAUAACAGUUAUGAUAAUGGUAAUGGUAAUGGUAACGGUGACGGUAACAGUAUUGAUAAUGGUGACAGUAAAGGUGACAAUAACGAUGAUGGUAACGGUAACUGUAAUAAUAAUUGUAACGAUGAUGGUGACGGUAACUAUAAUAGUAACGGUGAACGUGAUAGUAAUAGUAUCGAUAAUGGUGACGAUAACGAUAAUGGUAGCGGUGAGAGUAAUGGGGACGGUAACAGUGACAGUAGCGGUGACGAUAACGGUAACGGUAAUGGUAACGAUGACGGUAGUAGUGACUAUAACAUUGAUGAUCACGGUGCCCAUGACCAUGACGGGUACAAUAACGGUGACCGUGAUGGAGACGGUAACAAUGACAGAGACGAUCACAGUGACUGUAACGGUGAUGGUCAUAGUGACAGUGAAGGAGACUGUCACAAUGACAGUCAUGGUGAUGGUCACGGUGACGAUAACGAUGACGAUAAUGAUACUUAUCAUGGUAACGAUCACAAUAACGGUAAUGGUGACGAUAAUGGUAACGGUGACGACAAUAGUAAUGGUAACGGGGACGGGAACGAGGACGAGGACGAUAACAGUAACAGUGAGGGUAACGGUAACGGUGAGUGUAUUAGUAACGGUAACAGUUACGGUAAUGAUAACGGUAACAGUAAGAGUAACGACCACUGUAAUGGUAACGGUGAUAGAAACUAUUCUAAUAACGGUGACUUAAACGACGAUGGUAAUGGUGAUGGUGGCGGUAACGGUGACCGUGACAGUAACGAUGACGAUGACGCUAACGGUAACGGUAAUGGUGACGGUCACAGUAACGGUGACGUUGAUGGUGACAGUAACAGUAACAAUAAGAGUUACGAUUGCGGUAAUGGUCACAGUCACGGUGACGGUAACAGUCAUAGUAACGGUGACGGUAACAGUAAUGGUAAUGUUAAAGAUAAUGGUGAUGGUGAUGGUAAUAGUGACGAAAACGGUAACGAUAUCGAUGACAGUGAUGGUAAUGAUGAAGAUAAUGGUGACAGUAACAAUGAUGAAAACGAUAACGGUAACGGUUACCGUGGUAGUAACGGUAACCGUAAUGGUGAAAGUAACAGUAAAGAUGACUGUAACGGUAACAAUGACGGUAAUAGUGACAGUGAUGGUAGCGGUAACAAUCACGGUCAUGAUGACGGUAACGAUAGCGAUAACAAUAAUAGAAAGAGUAAUGGUAAUAGUAACGGUAACAGUAACGAUAACGGUAACGGUAUCAAUGACGAUAACGGUGACAGUGAUGGUAACAAUGACGGUGAUAAUGAUGGUAACAGUGAAGAUAACAAUAAUGGUAGCGGUGACGGUAGCUGUAACGAUGACGGUAGCUGUAAUGAUGACAAUAAUGGUUACGGUGACAGUAACUGUAAGGGUAACGGUAUCGCAGAUGGUGACACUAACCGUAAUGGUGACUUUGACGUUAAUAGUGAUGUUAACGGUAAUAGUGACGGUAAUGGUAACGGUGAUGGUAACUUUGACGGUAAUGAUAACGAUAACAGUAAUAGUGACUGUAAUGGUCACAAUGACGGUAACGGUGACGAUGAUGGUAACGGUAACGGUGACAGUAAUGGUCACGAUGACAGUAACGUUGAUGACGGUAAUGGUCACGAUGAUGGUAACAAUGAUAGUAAUAGUGACGGUAACGAUAACGGUGACGGUAGUGGUCACGAUGAUGGUAACGGUGAUGGUAAUGGUCACGAAAGUGGUGACAAUAACAAUGAUGGUAAUGGUAAUAGUGACGAUUACGGUAACAACGACGGUAACGCUGUUGGUAACGGUGACAGUAAUGGUAAUGGUAACAAGGAUGAUAAUGGUGAUAGUGAUGGUAGCAGUGACAGUAAUUGUGAUAGUAAUGGUUACGAUAACGGUAAUGAUAACAGUAACAGUGACGGUAAUGAUGACGGUCACUGUAACGGUGCCGGUAACGACGACGGUAACAAUGAUGAUAAUGGUAACUGUUAUGAUAACGAUCACUUUAAUUGUUAUGCUUACGAUAACAACAAUGGUAACAGUGACGGUGAUAGUAAUGGUAAUGGUAAUGGUGAGGGUGAUGGUGAUAGUAAUGAUAACAAUGAUGGCAAUGGUGAUGAUAGCGGUGACAGUAACAGUAACGAUGACAUUCACUGUAACGGUAAUAGUAACGGUCACGAUAACGUUAAACGAUCACUUAACUAUUAUAGUGAUAGUAAGGGUAAUGGUAACGGUGAAGGUGAUAAUAGCAUUACAGUAACGAUCAAGGUCACGGUAAUGCUCAUAGUAAUGGUGACAAUAAUGGUUACGGUAAUGGUAACGAUGUUGGUAACAGUAUCAGUAACAGUAAUGAUAACAAAAAUGGUGACUGUAGCAGUAAUAGUAACGGUGACAGUCACGGCAACGGUGACGGCAAUCUUUACCUAUUACAAGGAACUGAAAUGA